CAAAAUCCUUUGGCCGCCGCAGCAUGGCCGAGACCGCGUGGCGGGACAUGGCCGCGUCCGAGUCGCUCUGGAGCCGCUUGCCAUCGCGCGAGGUCGUCCAAGACGCCAUCUACAACGCGAUCCCGACCAAGGAGACGGUCAUGAUGGGCAUCCACGCAGUACCGAACGCGGCCAUGGCCGCGCCGACCGCGAUCGCCGGCGCCUUCUCGAGCUGCUUUAGCCGCGCCCGGCGCAUGCAGUUUGACCAAGACCAGAAGCGGUCGCUUCUGAGCAACUUGUACCAUGACGAGGCGCGGGUCAACAUUCGCGACGCCGAAAUGGAGAACGCGGCCUUGGAGCUGCGCCGGCGGAUCCAAAAGAUGGAGUACGAGAAGCACCGGCGCAUGGAGCUCGACCAAGAGCUCGGCCUGGCCAAGAAGUCAGGGGGCGGAGACGACCCCGUCGACAUGAACCCAGCGACCGACCCCGAGUUUACGCCGCUCAAAGUAUCGGACAUCCGCAAGAUGUCGGUCGACGAGCUCUUGAGCAUGGACCGCGCCGAGGCGGCGACAACAGCCAACCUCGUAGCGCCUGCCACGUCGUCGCUCGAAGGCAGUCGCUUGCGCAAAUGGCUGUCGGAAGUCGACACGAACAAGAGCAUCGAGUACACGUCGUACGCGUCGAGCUUUGAGAAGCAUGGGUUCCAGACGCUCAAGGAUCUUGCGCAGCUGGACGAAGAGGACGUCGAGCAAGCGCUCACCGAGAUUGGCAUCACCAAGUUUGCCCACCGCGCGCGCCUUCGCAAGGCGAUUCUGCGCCUCGGCGCGACCCCGUAGGAUGUGGCUUGUUUUUGAUCCUAUAUAUACGUGUAUUUUAUAUGUCAACCAGCACGUUCGAUACCGAUUCCAC